ACCCUCCCUUCCGCGGGGCGGGCGGAAGGAAGGAGGAGGGGCUGGUCACGUGAGCGGUGUCUACGCGCAACAGUGGAGAGCGAAGAUGGCGGACGGCGAGAGCGAGCAGGCCCUCGAGCCUUUCACCGAGCGGCUGAGGAGAGCCCAAGCCGAGCUGAGGAGGUGCGGUCUGUCCGAAGAGUCCUCGGCGCAGUACUGCCAGCAUUUCUGCGAGAUCUUUGUACAAUAUGGUGAGAAGUGCAAAGCCUCUGAAGAACUCCUGCCUUUAUUGGACGUGUAUCGGAUUUCUAUCCAAAGUUACACAAACGCAAGGCCUUACCUGACUACGGACUGUGCUCAUAUUCAUUUUGUACUGAAUCGAUUAGCAGUGAGUUGUUUUGAACUUCUAUUGUCACUGUCUGAAAAUGAGAUUCCACAAGAGGUAUGGCAGCAGCUGCAACAGACGUUACAGGAUUCUCACAUCACAUUGCUGGAAUUUGGGCAUAAUGAACUGCAGGCCCUUGUUGCUAUCACAAAUGAUGGUGGUGCAUGGAAAAAUCCACUCCUACAAUGCAUUCUUACCAAACAACCAGCAGACAUUGAAGAAGUCAAGAAUUACUUGAUCCAGGAGGGGCCUGCAUUCCUUGAGAUACGCAUUAAACAUUUGAUGAAGACAGAUCGUAAGCUUGAAGCAACGCUGCUAGCGAAAUGUUGUGCAGAAAAUGCAGAAAUUAACAACAAAGGUGCUUUUCGACAAAUCUACCUCACUUGUCUCUGCACCAUGGGACCCAAUGAGGAGGCAGCAAAAGAGAUUGCCCAUGUUGAUUGCAAGGAAGUACUGGAUAUUAUUUGUAAUUUGGAGUCUGAUGGUCAGGAUAAUGCUGCUUUUGUCCUGUGUACAACAUUCCUUACACAUCAGCUACAGCAGGAAAGUGUCUAUUGCUCUUGGGAACUUACUCUGUUUUGGAGCAAGUUGCAGCGAAGAAUGGAUCCCUCUUUAGAUUCCUUUCUAGAACGCUGUCGUCAACUUGGUAUCAUUGCAAGAACAGUGUACCACAUAUUCUUCCUUAUAAAAGUUAUCCAAUCUGAAGCAGAAGGAGCUGGUCUCCCCAUUUCUAUUGAACUGUGUGUAGGAGCCCUUCGUAUUCAGUCUAACGAAAAUGCAGAGAUGAAGAUUUCUAUCUGUAAAACCAUUGCAUGCUUAAUGCCAGAUGACCUUGAAGUCCGACGUGCUUGUCAGCUCACUCAGUUCCUGCUGGAACCGACAGUGGAUGCCUACCGUGAAGUGGAAAAGUUAUAUAAGCAGCCUGAUCAAAAAUACGAUGAGGAAAAUGGCCCUAUUCCCAAUUCAUUACACUGUGAACUUCUACUGGUUUUGAAAUCCCAUUGGCCCUUCGAUCCAGAAUUCUGGGAUUGGAAAACACUCAAACGUCAUUGUCGGGGGCAUCUGGGGGACCAAGCUGGUGCCAUUUCGGAAGAUGAACUCAGUGAAGAUGAAUUGGAUGGUAAUGAACUCUUUGAUCAGAUGAGUAAAAUUCCAGAGACAAUGACUGAUGGAAGAGAGAAAGAUGGAGAAAAUUUAAACAAAAAGAAAGAAAGGGUGAUGUCUGAGAGAUAUUACAGAUGGCUUCAAAAUAUGUUCUUCUGUGUGCUGUGCAAGAAAGAUUAUGUUGUAGCAAGAAUUGUACACCAUGCGAAGACACAUAUUAGGGAUGGGAUAUUUUCUUGCCCUGUUUGUGCAAAAAAGUUUAAGAGAAAGGAACAGUUUACUCCACAUGUAAAGGAGCAUAUAAAGAAACCGAAGAGAGAGAAGAAACAGAAAAAGAAACUAGAAGCAGCUGAAAAACUUUCACUUCCUGUAUUAAGUGCAGCUACACCUCCAAAGCAGCAACCUUCUGUAGAUGAAGUGAAAGGUUUGGCUAAAAAAGAAGUUGAGGAAAAUGACUACAUAAUCUUCAGUGGAACUGACUCAGUGGAAGAAGGUCAAGGUGACCAGCCCAAAGCUGAAGUAGAUGAAGCUGUUGUUUCGCAGUGGACAGAAAGUUAUCCAUGCCCAGGUACAGAUUGUUUGAGGUCAUUUAAAUACUACAAAAAUCUCACAGCCCAUUUGAAAAAUGAUCACUUGGACAAUGAUGAAAAUGUGAAACAUUUCCUUGAAAUGAAUAACAGGAAGGCACUGUGUAAGUACUGUCGGCGUCAUUUUGUCAGUGACUACCAUCUUAAAGCUCACUUAAAGGUACACUCCGGGUUGCAACCAUACAUUUGCAUUCAGAUGGACUGUAAUGCAAGCUUUCAGGCCUUUGCUGAUCUAGUGAAGCACAGAAAACAGCAUAAAGAAUUCCGAUCCAGAUGUACAUUUAAAGGUUGUAAUAAGGUUUUCAGUGGAUCUUGCUUGCUGUAUCACCAUGAAGCUCAGCAUUACAGGGAAGCAGCCUAUUCCUGUAAUUUAUCUGGCUGUAAGAAAUUCUACUUUUCAAAAAGUGAAUUUCAAAAUCAUCUGCAAACGCAUGGUAUAACAAGACUGGAAGACUUUGAGGCCAAAUUUCUGAAAAAAGAGAGUGACACCACAGAAGGUCUGGUUGAUGAUGGCCCUAAGCUUGUGACUUCAGAAGAGCAACUCAUUCCCCUGUCUGACAGUUGCACAGAAAAUACAAGUGAGACGUUGAAUGAAGUAUCAGAAAGAUCUUCAGAAAGUUGCAGCUAUUCUCUGCCCCAGGAUGUUGUUAAAAGGGAAAAUGAAGCACAAUACAGCCCAAGCGGUUCACGUUUUCCAGUGGUACAAGGUACUGAUGGUGCAAAUUUAGGCUUUGACAGCAAGAAUCGAUCUGGAAAUAGUACUCAACAGAAUGUUUAUUCCGAAAAUCUUCUUGUGCCCUUGGAAAAGUUGGCAUCAUUUAAAGAACUCAGUGACAUUGAGGAUAUGAUGAAAGCAGCUACCCUUCAUCCAGAAAUUAACAGGAGCCUGGCAAAGCACAAAAUCCCAACUGGGGUUGGAGGUAGCUCUCCAGCCUUAAAUAAGCUUGCUUGUGGGAUUGAUGGCUGUGUUAUGGUGUAUGCCUUGACAAAGGAUCUCAGGAAGCAUAUCAAAAUGGCUCAUCCAAACUACUACAAGGCUAAGAAACGAAUUGAUAAACACUGCAGAGAUGUUUUGAAAAGUUCUGUAUCAAAUCAAGUCAAAAUUAAAACUGAGGCAGGACCGCAGGCAUCACGAUUACCGACCUCUCUCAGAUUGGAAGGCGAGUCAGUUCCACCUGUAAUUGAUGAUCUUGCAGGAGGUAAAAGUGUGCUGCUCAAAACACAGAGAGCUAAGAAGCCUAAGAACAACAGGAAUGCCAAAUGGCCUGCCAUUUUUAAGGAUAAUAAGUUUGUAUGCUCCAGGUGUUUUAAAGAGUUUUCGAAUCCCAAAUCACUUGGUGGCCACCUGGCUCGCAAAAUAAAAUGCCCGUUACUUGCUGAGAAUAAUGCAGAGACCACUCCUAUGAAGAGAUAUGAAGGCCAGUCUGCAAGUGUUGCCAGCUGUGCUCCUGCAGUGCCAACUCUGGAAGAACUUAUAAGAGCUCUGCAGAAGCUGCGGUUAGAUAAAUCUGAAGUGUUUAGAAAUGAAGUGAUGACAUGUGCUUCCACUUUACCUUCACCUCUGGCAAAGCCGCCUUCUACACCGAUCCUCACCAGCGAUGCUUCCGUUUCCACACGUUCAGAUAAUGAUUCUCAGUUGCAACCACAUUCUCAAGAGCUCUUCCAAAGUGAUUCAUCUAAAGAGGAUUCUGGAAUCAUUAAGCCAUUUGUCUGUGACAACGAAGGAUGUGCCUUUAAGGCAAUGACCAAAGAUGGCCUCAUCAACCAUUAUGUGAAAACUCACAAGUACUCUAAGGAGAAGGUUCUUCAGUUAAGCAGAUUUCAACUCAGGUUUGCACCAUUCAAAUGCCACAUCUGCCUAAGAACAUUUACAAGAAAAACUAAUCUUAGAACUCACUAUAAACAAAUGCAUAGAUUCAGUAAAGAGGACAUGCAGAAAGGCAAGUUUUCCUAUAUAAACUGUGUUUCUGUUCCUAGCAAUACAAAUCCACAGCUGAAUGUGCCAAAUAUCAUAAUUAAAACUGAGAAUGACAGUCUGCACAUGAAUGAAGAGACUGUGAAUCGUGCUCAGAAUGUCACUGAAAGGCUUAGUUUGUCUGAGAAUGCUGGGCCUAUUAAGAAUGAAGAGAGUUGUCAUUACCCAACGAGUGUUUCUUACCAAACAAAAAGCUUGACUUUAUUUGGCGAUGAUGAACAUUCACACCUUGGCACAGUGAGUGGAAGUUGGCGUCACACUGAAAGUGAUUCAGAGAAUACAAUGAAUGAAUCCUUUACUACUGAAAGGGAAUGUUCUGAAUCCACCGAAUCUAUAAAAUCUGAGGAAAUGCGUUUGAAUGGUAGCAUGGAAUCUAGUAUGAUGCCAGAUAGUGCAGAUGAUUCCGAAUCCAAGGAAGAGGGUAGAGGAAGCCGAAGGAUUGGUGCUAAAAGUAACUUGUGUUACAUCUUAAAUAAAUAUCACAAACCUUAUCACUGCAUUCAUAAGGGCUGUUCUGCGGCUUUCACUGGCCAACCAAAUUUGAUACGCCAUUACCAGACUGUACACCAGUACAACCGGGAACAAAUGUGUUUGGAAGAAGAUCAAAGAAAUGCCAAGAAAGACAAUACCAAAGUGAAGAAAAUCUUCAAAUGCAAAUUUGAAGGUUGCACCAAACGCUUUCAAUAUCCUAGAGUGCUUCUGAGACACUACAGUGAAAUUCACAAGGUUGCAGGUGGUGAAACUGGAAAGUAUGCCUGUAAUCAGCCAGACUGUCUAGCCUCUUUCAAUGUGUAUAGCAACCUUAGACGCCACCUGCAACAAGCUCAUGAGAUUAAUCUUGAAGUCAAAAGAGAGACCCUGGGUGAUUUACAAUUCAAGUGCAGUAUAGAUGGUUGCAGCCGCACUUACACUAUCCGCUCCAGUUACCUGCGCCAUGUCCAAAGACAGCAUAAAGCCCACUACAAGUCAAUAUUAGUGAGGCCUCGCAAAAACUUUCAGUAUGACCAUAAACCUAAUUUGGAAAGAUGUGACCUCAGCCAUCUAAUUGAUAGAGGUGCUCAUAGCUCAUCUGUGGUUGGACCUGAUAAUCUAUUUGGGCAAGCACAUCUCACUGAUGAAGACAGCUGUGGCUCUGCACUACUGAGUCAGCCUAACUUGGAACGAAUCGGUGCAAACCAUGUUUCUGAUGAAGGCAGUAGUGAAACGGAAUCUGAUGUUGAGCCUGAUUUUGAAAGUUACCAGGAGCAUCUAGACUCAUACAAUUCAGCAAUAAAUCAUGAAUCUAACUUUGAAAAUCACAGCAGUGGAGAUCUUGAAGAUAAAGGGUUUAGAAAAGCAACAGGAUUGGAAUUCGACUCAGGCAAGAGCGUGACUGAACAUCAUUCUGAUGACACAAGUGACUCGGUACUGCAUGAGGUGGAUAGUGAGAGAAAUGAAUCUUGUCUGGCUUUGGAUGGUUCCCUUGUGAAUGACUCUGAAAAGGAUUCAAGAAAAUUGGGCAAGUGUCGUGAUUUUUUGUUGAAGAGUAUAGACCACGGAUUUGCCAUGUGCAAAGUGGAGGUUUUGAGAGAUCAGUUUCCAUGCAUGGUUGAUGACUGUCAAGCAGUUGUCCUAAGCCGACGGAGUGUUUUGAGACACUAUAAGAUACAGCAUAAGAUGACUGCUAAAUAUAUUGAACAGAACAUUAACACGCUCCUAGUGUGCAAGAAAUACUCUGAUCCAUCGCAUGGUGAAAAAUUGGGAUCUGAUGCACCAAAACAUGCUAAAAAUGUGGUCCCUGAGCAAACAGAGGAAACUCCAGGUUGUAGUGUUCUCAGGCAACAAAAUGGAGAAGUACCUGUGAAAACUGAGUUUAAAAUUGAGCAGGAGCAAAUUGGAACAGGACACCAGUUGCAUAACUGCAGCAUAGGAAAUGGAAAUGAUAGUCUUUCCAGUGGUGUAAGUGUAAUGUUUACUGGGAAAACUGUAAGUAGCGGUUCUGCCGUGGGGAUGACAAACCGAAGUCCAAGCUUCAAAGAAAAUGUUGCAAAUCGGGCUUUUGUACCUAAAAAUGGAGGGUUAAUUACAAACUCAGCAAAACAAAGUGGGAGCCAGAAUAAUUUACUUUUCACGAAAUUGAAGCAGCCUUUGAAAAGAAAAUCUGAAAUGGAGGCACAGCGAACAAAUACCACUUUGACACAAGGCUCAAUGUUUGGUGCCAAAGAUGGCCAACAGAGCCAGAAUGGUCAGCAGAAACCAUUUGACUUGACCACAUAUAAGCCAAUAGGAUUUGAAGCGUCAUUUCUGAAGUUUAUUCAAGAAAGUGAAGACACUGAGAAUGAUGAUGAUACGUGGCACUGGGAGCCACCUAAGCGCUGCAAAAAAUAUAGUUCACAAAAGAGGGAGUCAGCAGUUAACACUGGAUUGAAAGAACCGACAAUGGAAAACUAUAAAGAGUACAAUUCAGACUGCAACAAAAAUAACUCUGUACAUAGCAGUUUUCCAGCAAUUGAGCCUCUAAUUUCACCGGGGCAGUCUCCAUCUUUGGAGAAUUUACGAACAAUAUUGGAUAAGGCACUCACAGACUGUGGAGAUUUAGCCUUAAAGCAACUUCAUUUUCUUCGCCCAGUAGUAGUCCUUGAAAGAUCAGAGUUUUCCAACCCCCUACUAAAACUGUUUCCAACGAAAAAGAGUGAUGAACUUUGUGUGGGAAGUUCAUAGAACUAGUGUAUCUAUUGUGCAAACUGAAAUCACUAUACUGUAACCUAUUUAGAACAGUGAAAACAGUGCUGCAGAGAAUAAAAAGUGAAUACACCUGGAACUUCCGUUUGGGAAACAAAACCUUGGUUUCUUCUGGUUUUUGUGCAUGAUUGUGUGUGUGUAUAUGGAACAAGUAUUAGGGUACUUAUUGGGGAUUAGUAGUUCUUACUAAAAGAACUUGACUUGAAUGUGCACAUACUGGUGCUCUUCUGUAAUAUAUUGUACACUACAUCUCCUUUAUGUAUGGGUUUUGAGAUAGUACACAGUCAAUUAAAUGGCAAUUUUUCACAAAACAUUGUACUGAUGGAUUUGUAUCAUAAGUUGACUUGUAUUGAUGCAUUUGGGGGAGAAAAAGGCACAUUGGUCACCUAAUUGAUUUCUGGGGAUCAAUAUAGUCUUGAUGGUUAAGUUAUCAAUAAAGAAGAUAUUUCUUGUGCUGCAAUAGAGCUUUGAUCAACCCAAUUUUAAGUAAAACCUGUUGCCUACUCUGAAAUUACAAAGACAUAGAAACUAAUUGCUCAAUUUAUACAAAUACUGUGGCUUACUUUGUUUUUGGUCGUUUCCACCUGUUCAACUUUAUUUUCUACACAAAUAUUGGCUUAAAAUUUGAUCUUAAAGAACUCCAUUGUUUUAUUGCUAUAAAUGGAAUUUUUCCUGAGCUUACUAAUGUGAAGCUCUUUCGUGGAUUCCACUUUCCUUAUAAAAUGCACCA